UCCGGUCCUCUUUAAGCUCCGCGGUGAAAUCAUGGCUGAUCAUCAAACUGAACGAGCCUUCCAGAAGCAGCCUACUAUCUUCUUGAACAAGAAGAAGGCUCUUCUUGGAUCGAAAGCGCCAAAGCACCCACGUUAUUAUAAAAGUGUAGGUCUUGGAUUCAAGACCCCAAGAGAGGCCAUUGAGGGCACCUACAUCGACAAGAAAUGUCCCUUCACCGGUAACGUGAAUAUCCGUGGACGUAUCCUGUCGGGCACCGUGUUGAAGAUGAAGAUGCAGAGGACAAUCGUCAUCCGACGUGACUACCUUCACUACGUCAGAAAAUACAACCGAUUUGAGAAGAGACACAAAAAUAUGUCCGUGCAUCUCAGCCCAUGCUUCAGGGACGUCAAGUUGGGUGAUAUUGUGACCGUUGGAGAGUGCCGACCUCUCAGCAAGACUGUCAAAUUUAACGUUGUCAAAGUUACGAAAGGCUCGGGCUCAAAGAAGGGCUUUGAAAAGUUUUGAAUAGCAAUGUAAAACUUGUACAAAGAAAAAAAAAACAUUGAAAAUAA